AUGAAUACUACUGCUGGCUCUGAGCCAUCUUCACCACUGCCUCCAACACUGCAAACUCAGUCAUCCAAGUCUCAUUCACCAAGAACAAUGGUAGCGCCAAAGAAGCAGAUCAAGUCUGCAUCCGCCAAGUCUUCGCCCAAGUCCUCACCCAGGAUCAAGUCUAAGUCCAAGUCACCCAAAGAAUCACCUGUUGUUGAGCCACUAUCCCCACCAGUGCUGCAAACAUAUCCCUCAUUCACCGAUGCCAUCGACACCACUGAGACCACUGACACCGCCACCCGAGAGACUCGUUCACUGAAGUCAAUUUCCGAUCUUGUGUUGAGCGAGUACCGUCACUCAGAUCCUGGAACUCGUAUCGACAUGAACGACCUUGUCUCCAAGACUCAGGUGACCAAGCGUCGUUUCUACGAGAUCAUGAACGUUAUGGAGUGUGUUGGCGUUGUGCGCAAGGAGGAGCGUGAUGCCUACUACUGGGUUGGCUAUAAGAAUGUGGAGAAAACCAUAAACUCCAUCUUCGAGACGACCGCCGACCUGUCGGCCAAGAUGACUUCGAUUAAUUCCCUAUGCUACCAGUUCAUUGCCAUGUUUGCCAUCAAACAUAUGAUAAGCAUCAACGAUGUGCGCGAGGAGUACGAUCUGGAUUCCAGGCCAGCCCGUUGCAAGCGUCUCUAUGACAUUGCCAACAUCCUGGAGAGUCUUGGUCUUAUUACCAAGUCCGAGAAGGUUAAGUCCAAACAGAUGUACACCUGGAAUGGACCUCCAUCUAAUUAA